AUGGAUCUUAUUUCGCGUUAUGACAAGACUGAAUUAAAACUCAAACAAUGGCGACUUAAAGAAACCAGUGACUCGAUUAUAACUGAAUGGUAUCAACCAAAUAUUUCUCCUGAAAUAUUCGAAGUUUUGCUCAGUGGAGAACUUGACAUAGAUGAAAAUAACAUAGAUAAAACACUUAAUUACCUCAUAGCUGCUGAUAUAUUAUGGCUCCAUCAACUUUUAGAUUUCCUUCAAAUUUAUUUAAUUAAAAAUCAUUCAACUUGGAUAAAAGAAAACUUUAUUAAAGUAUUUCAUAUUAUGCAACUCCACCCGACCACAUUCAAAAAAUUACAACAAUUUUGUAAAGUGAUUAUAUCAGCAGAUCCUAAAGUUCUUUUCGAUUCUCCACAUUUUUCGACUCUCACGGAAGAAGCAUUUAUUUUUUUGCUUAACAAAGAUUACCUACAAAUUGAAGAAUCGUUUCUAUGGAAUAAAAUCAUUCAAUGGGGAAUAGAUCAAAAUCAACUUAGUCCUAAUAUGUCAAGUUGGUGUUUGGAAGAUUUCUCUAAUAUGCGGAUGACCUUAUCAAAAUUUAUUCCUCUUGUAAAAUUUGAAAAUAUAUCUUAUGAAGAUUUUAACGACAAAGUACGACCGUACAAACUUCUAUUUCCGUAA